CUCAAAUCAACUUGAACGUUUAAACCCUUGUCAGCAGCUUCACUCAGUGACCUCAGGCGGAGCUCAAUGGCACCCUACAUAGCCAUCGUCGCCGCUACACUCCGCCGCACUUCAUUCAAACACUCCCAUUUCCGCCGCCGCUGCCUCCACUCCGCAAUAGACUAUCCUCUCUCUCACCCAAUUUACACAAUUUGGGCUUCCAACACCUCCCUCGGCAAAACCCUCGUCUCCGCCGGUCUUUCCAUCUCCUUCCUCUCCCCCUCCUCCUCACCGCCAUUUCCCAAGCGGCGAUUCAUCUAUCUCAAGCCAAUUCAGACCGGCUUUCCUCAUGAUUCCGACUCAGCCUUCCUCUACAGAAAAUUCUGCCAAUUUUACGCUUCCAAAUCACUCCCGUUUUCGGUUUUCGCUUCCAAUUCCGUUUUCAGGGCCUCCAUGCCAGCCGCGAAUGAAGUUCUAGGGAACGGUUCCGUGGAUGAUGGUGGUGAGGUUGGUUGUGGAUUGAAGAAUUUGCAUUGGUAUGAGGAGAGGAAAUUGCAGGGGACUGAGUGCAAUGGAGUAGAGCAGUUUCCAGUGUCGGAGGCCGUUUGUAAGACGCUCUAUGCCUGGAAAGAGGCGGUUUCGCCUCAUUUAGCUGCGGAGAGGGAAGGCGCAAUGGUGUCUGAUUCUGAGGUUUUGGAUUUGUUGAGAAGAUGCUUAGAGAAUGAUACUGUGGGAACUACAGAAGAGGUUGAAGUUAUGACUGUGAUUGAGACUGCUGGUGGCGUGGCCAGUCCUGGACCGUCUGGAUCUCUUCAGUGUGACCUAUAUCGCCCUUUCCGCCUCCCCGGCAUUCUAGUUGGGGAUGGACGAUUAGGUGGUAUUUCAGGAACUAUAUCUGCUUACGAAAGUCUAACACUUCGAGGAUAUGACAUUGCUGCCGUUGUUUUUGAAGAUCAUGGCCUCAUGAAUGAGGUUCCAUUAUUAUCAUAUUUCCGAAACCGGGUGCCCGUACUAGUGCUUCCAUCUAUUCCAAAAGACAUGUCAGAUGACCUGAUCUCCUGGUUCGACAAAUCUCAGACAGUCUUCACUUCUCUCAAGGAGAUAAUGCUCUCAACUUUUCUGGAAAGGACCAAGAGAUUGCAUGAAAUGCCAAAGAAAUCAUGUGAUGCCUUCUGGUGGCCAUUCACCCAGCACAAGCUUGUAUCUGAGGAAAAAGUUACUGUCAUAGAUUCACGCUGUGGAGAGAACUUUGCUGUUCUCAAGAGUUCUGAUAUGAUUUCUGAACAAUUUGAUGCUUGUGCAAGUUGGUGGACACAGGGUCCUGAUGCUAACUUGCAGAUUGAACUUGCUAAAGAUAUGGGCUACACUGCUGCAAGGUAUGGGCAUGUAAUGUUUCCAGAGAAUGUAUAUGAGCCAGCCCUCAAAUUAGCUGAGCUUUUGCUUGAAGGCGUAGGAAAAGGAUGGGCAUCUCGAGUGUACUACUCUGACAAUGGGUCUACAGCAGUAGAAAUUGCUCUCAAAAUGGCAUUUCGCAAGUUCUUGUCCAAUCAUGAAAUGCUCCCGGAAAAUGUGAGCUCUGAUGAUGGAAAUUACAGGGAUCUCAAGGUUUUAGCUCUUAGAGGAUCGUAUCAUGGUGAUACUUUAGGUGCUAUGGAAGCCCAGGCACCUUCUUCGUAUACUGGUUUUCUCCAGCAACCCUGGUAUACUGGAAGGGGUCUCUUUCUAGAUCCACCAACAGUUGCUCUGUAUAGUGGCACAUGGAAAGUUUCCCUCCCUCAGAAGAUGCAGUCAGUGAUAUCCGGUCGUGAAAGCCUGUCUUUCAGUUCACGUGAUGAAAUUUUCAAGAGAAGCCGAGAUGGUUCAGGUCUUGCAAGCCUUUACACUUCCUCCAUAUUACAAGAGUUGGAAUUGCUCUCAGAUAGUAGCGCGCUUUCCCACAUUGGAGCAUUGAUAGUUGAACCAGUUGUACAGGGUGCCGGUGGGAUGCAAAUGAUUGAUCCAUUGUAUCAGCGCACACUUGUUAUGGAAUGCAAACGUCGAAAAAUUCCAGUGAUAUUUGAUGAGGUCUUCACAGGAUUCUGGCGCCUUGGAAGAGAGACUGCAGCUGAAAUGCUCUAUUGCGAGCCGGACAUUUCCUGUUUUGCAAAGCUGAUGACCGGUGGCAUCAUACCCUUGGCUGCUACAUUAGCUUCUGAGGAUACCUUUGAAGCAUUUACUGGAGAUUCUAAGCUCAAGGCACUUCUGCAUGGGCAUUCAUAUUCUGCACAUGCCAUGGGGUGUGCGGCUGCAGUUAAAUCUAUCCAAUGGUUUAAGGACUGUAACACGAACAUUAAUCUGAUACCCGAGUCAAGAUUGCUUCAGGAGGUGUGGGAUGCGGAACUAGUGGUGCGUAUCUCAUUGCUUCCGGCUGUUCAUAGAGUGGUAUCGCUGGGGACGCUCUGCGCCAUUGAAAUUCAAGCCGAAGGCUCCAAUGCUGGGUAUGCUUCAACGUAUGCAUCUUCGCUCCUGCAGAUGCUCCGAGCAGACGGCAUAUACAUGCGGCCACUGGGUAAUGUUGCCUACCUUAUGUGCGGCCCUUGUACGCCUCGGGACACGUGCCGCCACCUCCUUGACAAAGUAUACUCUAGAAUUCACGAGUUCGGCCAACAAAAAGAAGAUCAUCAGGCCUCUGCAGCGUGAGUGUGUUAGUUUGUUGAUGUUUUUUUUUUUUUUUGCCAAAAGCAUGGAUACCAAUGUUUUGACUUCCAGAUUCAUUGUUUUGGACCUAUAUCUUCGAGGUCCCAAUUUUUUAUGUAUCAGUAGGUAGCAUUUAGGAAAAUGUUUUGAUUAAGUAGUAGUAAUACUGUACUCAUGUACUGCCUGGGAGCUUAGUUGAAAGUAUUUAUAACUCCACUCUCCAGCAA